AGUUGGUGAAGAUGAUUGGUAGUGAGAGAGCAAAUUUACAAGAGUUUGUAUCGACAAACUUGAGGAGAGGGAAUUGGGAUGGAGUGAUCAGAAAGUACGAGGAAGAGCCAGAAGCACACGGGCUUAAGCUGCCCCAAUCGGGAGACACAGCCCUGCACUUGGCUGCUUUUGACAAUCAACAACAAGUGGUGGCAAGGCUAGUGAGCCUCAUCAGUAGUUGUCGAAACCAGCACCAAGUUGGAGCUGUGAUUGGCAUUCAAAAUGAUAGAGGCAACACUCCUCUCCACAUCGCCGCCACCGUGGGAAGCGCCACGAUGUGCCACUGCAUCGCCUCCCUCGAUCCCUCGUUGGUGGACCAAAGAAACAACGUCGGGGAAACGCCUCUCUUCUUGGCCGCUCUCCACGGCAACAAGGAAGCCUUUUAUUGCCUUUACCAUUUUUGCGCCUCCGAUCGAAUCACCCCCAACUGCAGAAGGAACGAUGGAGACACUGUACUACAUUGUGCCCUCAGAAACGACCAGUUUGAUUUGGCGUUCCAUAUCAUUAGCGUCAACAAUGAUGCUGCUAACUGGGUGGAUAUGCAAGGCUUAACCCCUCUUCACGUUCUUGCAACUAAGCCAACUGCCUUCAGGAGUGGAACCAUCAUCAAGGGGUGGCGGAAUAUCGUCUACUCCUGUGACUCCUCGCUUCAACUACAUUAUCCAAUCUAGUUCAUUCAUAUUAAUUAUAUGCCUCUUCUAGUCAGAAAAUAUCUGACGACCAAAUCUUAUCUUCACGUAUUUGACAAGUUUUAAUUUUCAUAUUCUAUAACGGAUAAUAUUUGACUCCUAAAGAGUUGAGUAACUUCGUCCUCACGUUCAUUAAAUAUUUGACAAACUAAGAUUGAGAAAUGAGA